UCAUUGAGUAUUUCAAUUUUAAAUGUCUCGUCGUUUAUAUUUUAUAUAGUAUUUGUAUAAUUAAUAAUUAUUAUUGUAUGUAGUCACUGAACAAACUCGCAUACUCAACAGUGAAAGUCUGAAAGAAUAAAAAAUACACACGUCGGUACGGAAAACAGUACAACUACCUACUAUACAAGUUAUAACUGACAUCGCGGUGUACAGACUAAACGGAGCACUAUAACACGUUAGACGUUACAUCACAUAAUAUGUUAUAUUAUAUUGUAUUACCUACGAAUAUAAUAUACUUAGUUAACAAGUGCUUAUAAACGUAAAUAUUUUGAUAAUUUGAAAUAAAAUUUUAAUUAACAAUAAGAAUGUCUAUCAAAAAACUUUAUGGCGUUCCCGCAAUCGAUUUUGUAAAAAAGUUUGUUGAUAAAUAUAAAAGUGAAAUCGAUUCAGAUUUAAAAUUUAUAAUCGGUUGGUAUACCGUAAAUAAGAGCCGUAAUUUGCAUGUAUUAAUUUUAUAUGAAACAACGUCUGAAGAAUCUGCUGCAUCAAUCCUCUUACUUUCAAAAUGCGAUUUCGACCCACUGAGACGACAGAAAAAUCCAAAUAUUCUGGAUUUUGUGUAUACAAUUCAAUCAAGACGAAGGAAAGGAUAUGCUGCUCAACUUGUUACAAAAGCUCAACAGGAUUUUCAAUUCACGGUAUUCUGCAAAAAUGACGAGACAUCCAACUUGUUUGCAAAAUUGAAAUGUAUAAAAAAUGAUUCUUUAACUAAAUCGACUAAUUUAGAUGUAUUCCGUUGGGACAUGGCAUGUAAAAACUAAUAAAUGAAUGCUAUUAA